UCCUAGUCUCUGAGAAUUUCCGUUUCUGAAUUCAAGAUUCCGCUCAUGUAGGACUCACUUUGAUUGCCUCGUUCAUGGCGUUUUCUAAGCUUCUCCCUGAAUUCUACGAAGGGUUUGCUAUGACUCAGGCGAGUUAUUUGCUUUCGCGUUUUCCGUUUCUUAUGUCAUCGGCUUCGUUUUCUGUUCCUUUCGCAACUAAAUCACUUGCUUCACAAAUCUUCCGCCAUUUUCGUUGUCGCGAGUUGCUUCGAGUUCACUUGCGAUUACUCAUCCUCCUCUCUUUGCCUUUCAUUUACUUCUUUUUCUCGAACCCUCGUCGUUCCGUUGUUCUCAAGUUGUUCGUCGUGCUUUUCUUCUCCAUCGCCGCCUUGAUUAUUCUCAAUCUUGCAGUCCCGCGUCUCCCCUCUUCGAUUCGUCUGUUUCUUGUUCGAUCAUCUCCAAUUAACGCGUUCUCGUCUUCUGCUGCGACGAAGGCUGUUUCGAAUGUUCGUUGGUCGAUCGGAUCGAAGCCCAAAUCGGAGAAAUGGAAGAUGUCGGGUUCUUGGGUGAGAUUUAACAGUAAUGGAGACAUUUAUGAGGGGGAAUUUCACAAAGGGAGGUGCUCUGGGAGCGGGGUUUAUCACUACCAUAUGAGUGGAAGGUAUGAAGGUGAUUGGAUUGAUGAGAAGUACGAUGGAUAUGGCGUUGAGACAUGGGCGAAAGGAAGUAGGUACCGUGGCCAGUACAGACAAGGGUUGAGGAAUGGGAUUGGGAUUUACAGAUUCUACACAGGGGAUGUCUAUGCUGGGGAGUGGUCUAACGGGCAGUGCCAUGGCUGUGGAGUUUAUACUUGCCAAGAUGGGAGCCGUUAUGUUGGGGAGUUCAAGUGGGGUGUCAAACAUGGAUUGGGUCACUACCAUUUCAGAAAUGGAGACACAUAUGCAGGAGAGUAUUUUGCAGACAAGAUGCAUGGUUUUGGAGUUUAUCGAUUCGGCAAUGGACAUCGUUACGAGGGAGCUUGGCACGAAGGAAGCAAGCAAGGGCUUGGAAUGUACACCUUUAGGAAUGGAGAGACACAAUCUGGUCAUUGGCAAAAUGGGAUUCUUAAUGCUACUGUUCUUGAAAAUAGCCAUCCAGGUUCUUCUUAUGCUGUCAGCCAUGCUAAGGUUCUCGCUGCAGUCCAGGAAGCAAGAGGUGCAGAGAAGAAAGCAUUUGAUGCGGGAAGGGUGGAGGAAAGAGUUAACAAAGCUGUAGCUGCUGCUAAUAAAGCAGCAAACGCAGCAAGAGUUGCUGCUGUGAAGGCUGUCCAGAAACAAAUGGAUCAAGAAACGAGCACCAACUCACCAAUCUUAGUGGUCUGAUUGUAUAGGUUCAGUAGUUAGUGCACGAUACUUUUCCGAAGGGAAGAAGACACAAGUUGUUCAUUUUUGUUCUGAAUUCUUUACCCUCCUAUGAGUUUUUUUUUACCAUUGAAAGGUACCUGCCUGGAACUGCUCGCACCACCCUUGCAAAGCAGAUAGGUUCAUUUUCAUGUCUGUUACUCUAAAUGUAACAGGUAUUGUACAUAGAAUGAGCUCAACCGUGGCUGUAGUUGAGCUUUGAUAUUGAUGUUACACACACUUGUGCCUCUUUUUUCUGGUCUCCUUUUUGUAAUUAAUUGUAUAUACACACAUUAAGUAGUAGAUCAAGAAAGGAACUGCCCUGCAAAUGUGGUGUUUUUUGUAUAGUGAAAAUCAGCCUGAGCUCUCUUUGGGCUUUUAUG